AUGAAAAAAGAAAUAAAUAAAGAAGAUUUAAAUAAUUUUGGGGAAGAAAAAGAAAAAUUGGAAGAAGGAAAAAUUAAUGAAGAUAAGACGGUUAAUGUAGAAAAUGAAGAUAGGAAAAAUUCCUCACAACAAUCUCCCCUUCCUUCACCUUCAAAUAAAAAUAUAGAAACUACAAAAAUAAUUGUAGAACAAGCAGAUUCGAUUUCUUUUGAAGAAAAAAAUAAUUUAUUACUAGAAUCACCACCAAUUCCUUCUCCAUUUCUUCGUUCCCCUUCUCCAUCCCCAGCUUUAUUGUCUUCAAGUUCUCCAUUUUCAUUUUCUAGUCAAAAUUUGUCUGAUAAUAGUUCUCAAAUGUCUUUUAUUAUUCGAGAAAAAUUGCACGAAUUUGCAAAAGAUUUGAGGAGGAGAACUUCUGCUGUACGUGAGGAACUUUGUAGAGAGCCAACCCCGACAGAUGAACAGGCUGAAGAAGACGAAGAUGAAGAUAAGGAUGAAAAAAGAAGAAAAAGUGGGGAAAGGAGGCCUGAUCAGGCAUCUUUAAUGUCUUUGAUUGGAUUACAUCAAGAAGUGGAAUCAGAUGAAAUUGUUGAUGUUCCUUCACGUCUACUUCCCUCCAACAUUGACCCAUUUAGUAAAUUAUAUGUUAGUUGGUUAUCUUUUGUUUUAAUUGCUUUUUUAUAUAAUUCUUUUACUCGUUCAAAUCUUCGUUAUUGGUUAUUUGGUGAUUAUAUUUGUGAUUUAAUUUAUUUGGUUGAUUUAACUUUAAUUAAAUCUAGAUUAACUUUUAUGAGAGACGGAAUUAAUGUUAAAAGUCCUCCAGAAAUGCUACAUCAUUAUUUAACUAGUGGUGUAUUUAAACUUGAUUUAUUUUCAUUACUUCCAUUGGAUAUUUUAUAUAUUUGGACAGGCCCGAUUUGUGCUUGGAGAAUAUUUCGUUUACUUAAAUUACCUUCUUUUUGGGAAUUUUUUGAAUUAUUAGACAGCUCAUUUUCUAAUCCAUAUGCUAUUAGAAUUGCAAAAACUUUUUGCUAUAUGAUUUAUAUAAUACAUUGUAAUUCUUGUGUUUAUUAUGUUUUGAGUGCUUGGCAAGGGUUUGGACAAAUACCUUAUAAUUAUAAAGGAAAAUGGUAUUUAAAUAAAUGGGUUUAUAAUAAUGAAGGGAAUGCUUAUAUUCGUUGUUUUUAUUUUACUGCUGCCGUAGCAACUUCUACAGGAAAUAAUCCAGCCCCAACAAAUGUUAUAGAAUAUAUUUAUAUGACAUUUUCUUGGAUGAUGGGUGUUUUUGUUUUUGCUUUAUUAUUGGGGCAAAUAAGAGAUAUUGUUUCUAAUGCUAAUAAAAAUAAUGAAGAAUUUAGAACUACUAUGGAUAGAGCCCUAAGUGAAUGUAAACGUUUGGGAUUACCAGAACAUUUAACAGCUAGAGUACGUGCCUGGUUUUUAUAUACAUGGGAACAACAACGAACAUUAGAAGAAAAACGUUUGGUGGAAAAAUUGCCGUUAAAAUUACAAACAGAUUUAGCUUUAUCUGUUCAUUAUAAUACUUUAAGUAAAGUUAAAUUAUUUCAAGAUGCAGAUAGAGCAUUUAUGAGAGAUUUGGUUUUACGUCUUCGUCCAGUAAUAUUUUUGCCCGGAGAUAUUAUUUGUAGAAAAGGGGAUGUUGGGAAAGAAAUGUAUAUUGUAAAUAAUGGAAUAUUGGAAGUUGUUGGGGGAGAAAAUAAUGAAAUUGUUUUUGCUACAUUAACUGAAGGAAGUGUUUUUGGAGAGAUUAGGUUAAUAAAUAAAUAUCAAAUUUUAAUUAAAAGUGACGGGGAAAAGAUUUUAAUUAGGAAAAUAAAUAAAAAGUUAAUUAACGCGGGGAAAUUCUUUAGUCUGGAGAAGGUAAUUCCCAAAUGGAAAAGGUCAAGUUUGCUUGGAAUCCAAAGCUGUUAA